AUGGCGGCGACCGUGCGCACAUGGCUGGUGGUGGCGGCGCUGGCGUGCGCGCUGACGCUGGCGCUGCGCUCGGCGGACGCGCAGGAGAGCGAGGCGCAGUCGCAGCCGACGUCGUCGUCGUCGCCGGCCCAGAAGCCCAACUGCGCUCCGGGCGCCGCCACGCCGUGCCGCGUGGGCGCGCUGCGCGACCCGGAGAACCAGGAGGAGGAGGGGCUGUUCAAUGUGAAGGUGAGGGCGCCGACCGCCGCGGGUGACUCCGGCGACAGCGACGACGACUACAGCGACCCCGACAAGCCCAAAGACCCCGACCAGUCCGACGACGACGAGCUUGUCGUUCUCGGCCACUGAUCUGAUCGCCCGGCCGGUCCGGCAUGAUCGAUCACGUGCGCGUGGCGCCGCAUGGUUUUUUGGUUUUGUUUGUUGGACUGGCCGGUGGCGGGUCGACCGGUGCUCCUUGGACUUGCAUUUUGUUGUUUAAUUCUUCAGCUAAUUUGUUGUUAAGUAAGUAUAAGUAGGUAGUGAGUGGAUUGGCAAAUAUGUUCUGUAAUCUAAUAACUGGAUUUGAUAAAGUGUGAUCCAGGAAUUUAGUCUA